GUGAGUUUUACUAUACUAAUUGUAUUAUAGUUUGGAUUGAUAGAAAAAUGCCUUUGGAUGCAAAUGCUUAAGUGCAAGAAGGGUCCUUAUGUGCCCAGCACUGCCUGAACAAUUUACUGCAAGGUGAGUACUUUAGCCCUGUGGAGCUGUCUUCUAUAGCGCAUCAACUAGAUGAGGAAGAACGAGCGAGAAUGGCCGAAGGAGGAACCCUGAGUGAAGAGUACAGAACAUUUCUACAGCAACCUUCUGGGAAUAUGGAUGACAGCGGGUAUUUUUCUAUUCAAGUCAUUAGUGAUGCCUUGAGAGUUUGGGGGUUAGAGCUUACUCUCUUCAACAGUCCUGAAUAUCGGAGACUACGGAUGGAUCCUGUAAAUGAAAGUGCAUUUAUAUGCAACUAUAAGGAACACUGGUUUACAAUAAGAAAAUUAGGAAAUCAGUGGUUUAACUUGAAUUCCCUUUUGACGGGUCCGGAGUUGAUAUCCGAUACAUAUCUUGCUCUCUUCCUAGCUCAGCUGCAACAAGAAGGUUACUCAAUAUUUGUAGUGAAGGGUGAGCUACCUGACUGCGAAGCAGAUGAAGUUCUGCGAAUGGUACGAGUACAACAGCGACAGCGACCAACUUUGAUUGGAGAAGAAGCAGCCCAGUCAGGAAGUCAGAGAAUACAGAGGGAUGAUCUGGAUCAAGCUUUAGCUGCCAGUAGAGACAGUGGUGGGAUAGUUUCACCAGUAGAUGAGGAUGAGCAAAACUUCCAGCGAGCAUUGGCCCUUAGUCGGCAGCAGAUUGAUAUGGAAGAUGAAGAGGCUGAUCUUCGUAGAGCCAUACAACUUAGUAUGCAAGGCAUGGUUGCUGUAAGUGAUUCGGACCCAUUGCCACAGACGUCUACAGAGUCUGCAGGCUCCAGUCAUACUGAAGUCCUAGGAGUGGGUACUGCAAGUGAUUCAGACCCAUUGCCACAGACCUCUACAGAAUCUGCAGGCUGUAGUCGUACCAAAGUCCUUUCGUCAGAGGAACUCAGGAUGAAACGUCAAGCAUACUUUGAAAAGCAGCAGCAUCCAUUAGGAGAUCUAGCACAUGCUCAGCAUACAAAACCUGAAGAAGCACCUUGUUUGAACACAUUGAAAACUGAGACAGUGAGCAGCUGUCCGACAGAAGAUGAAGACACGCUUCAGGCAGCUCUGACACUGUCACUUGAGUGUGCUACUAACAGUUCUGAUGAAGACCAGAAAUGAGAGGCCCAAAGCACAUUGUGUCUAUUGCUCUGCUUAUGAACUACAGAACCAUAUCCCUGUGUUUGAGUUCUCACUGAUGUAUAUAUCAAAAGGAAAGGACUCUGUAGUGUUUAUUGUACACAACAUUGACUGUCUUCUAAAAGCACUUGGGGCAAAUUUUACAGGGUAUCUCCUGGAUGGCCUUUCAUUUCAGCACCUUAACGUUAUUUGCUGGAAAGCUUCUUCACCUUUCUCUUCUGUGGAAAUGACAGCGGGAACAAGACUGCAGCUGCACAAUCAAAUUGCAAGCAGGUUUCUGUUCAUAUGAAAGAAAAAAAACUUUGUUUUACUUAGUAAAUGAAUUGAGAGACCAAAUUAUACUUACAGAUUUGGUAUUGUAGCACUGCAUUCUGACUUUUUUAAGCUGAUUUUUUAUUUGUUGUAGUUUUUUGGAAUCUUCAUAUUGUUUCAAUAAGCAAUUAACCUUUCUCAGUAUUUCAUAAUUUAAUUUGCUACAUAAUUGAUAUCAUUGCAGAAUAUGAGGUGAAAAGAUUGUCCUUGUGCACAUCGGUUCAUAUUAGAACUUUGUCUCUGAGGGCCAUUUAUAAUCUUUACAGAUAAACUGUUCAUACUUUUUUAUAUAUGGGUUAGGCAGCCAAGAUGUUAGCACCCUACAGACUAACAUUUCCAGCGGGCUGUCACCCAGCAUGCACCAUACAUUUGUACUAUCAUAGGGGAAGUAUUACCGCUUCCAUUCCAUUCCAUUCAGUCACCUAUUUUUCUGUUACUGGGUGGUGAUCAGAGACAUUGCCUGCCCGUAACAAACUGAAUCAAUGUCUUCAUAAUAGCAAGGCUUUUAUUUUCAGUUAUUGGUUUCUUUUUUCAUGUUGCUUCCUGAUGUCUUGAAAUGUAAUAGUGGUCAGACAACUGUGACAAAGUUUUUCUCCUACUGAGAGUUUCCAUUUCAUCUUGGCAUUAGAAAGUUUCUAUGAACUGGAACACAGAGAGAGGCAAAGAAAGCACAUUGUACAGCUUUGAAAUGUUUCAUAUGGCUGUUUCCAAAUGUUUGGUUGCUUAGAUUCAUGCUGAAAAACCUAACAUUUAUAUGAACAUAGAUGUUAUAGAAAGAAUGAGUGGGACCAUAAUGGCUGAAUCAAGUUAUUACCACGCAUUCUAAAAUGUUUUGUCUCAUAGAGCAAACAUUUCUUAUUUCACACCAGCAGCUAAAGAGGAGAAUAUUGAUGGUGCAUGUCAUUAUCUGAAUUUAACAGUGAUGCUUUUGUCUGGUUUCUUUUGUCUUCAGAAAGAAGGAUCCAGCUGUGGAUGCUUCUCUAACAUGAGGAAGAGGUAAACCUAUUGUCACUGAAAGUAGCAGAUCCAUUUAUACUGUUUGUCAUAGAGCAGGAAUUUCUCAGCUUCUGAAAUUCCUUAUGCAAACUGGCAUCAUCCCCUGGUCCCCAUGUCAUUCUCCACACUAGUAUUUGCCCUUCCUGUUGUGACUAAAGUUACUUUAAGAAGGCUUCUGAUGAUUUUAAUAGAUGUUGAACACAGACUUGUUCAGAUACACAGCUGUAGCUAAUUUUUUUUUUCACAGCAACAUUGAUGGCAACUGUCCAGCAACCUUUGUCAGCAUUUGAAUCAUUAAACUGGUGAGUUUUGUACACCAUCACCAUUUUUUCAGAUUGCCGACAUUUCUUUGGUUGCACUCAUAACACUGAAUGCAAACACAUUCUUCUCAGUGCUGGAGAAGUGUACUUGCUGCCUGUCUUUUAUCAUGCAAUGGAAAUGGUCCCUCCUCCUGUUCAUUUGCACUUGGUUACUUGUACUGUAGUCUGCUGAGCAUGCCGAAACUCGGUGCAUGGAAGGAAGCACUCAAGGCCUGCCUUGCUAGCAGGGAUGCAGCUGUUAUGGAAGCUGAAUCAGAGAUCACUUUUCCAUAGGUAAGAAUGUCAAUCUUCCAACAAAUAUAAGUAGUAAAUGUUUUUCAAGGGUAGCAGACAAACUCUUAGAAAGGCAAUAAGUACAAAGGAAAGAAAGCAGCAUAUCAGAUAAAGUGCAAGAAUAUUGAAAAUAUUUGUCAGAAUUGCCCUGGAGAGAGAGCUCUUCUCAGCUAGAGUUCUUAUCCCUUUUGUUGUGAGGGUGUAGCUUUGACACAGCUAUUGUAGACCCAUUGCAUCUAGUGAGGUGUACGUAAGUAGUCCACCAAUCACUGUCAUGUCCAGUUUCCAUCCCUUCCUGCUACGGACUCCUACUUCAUGCCCAGUUCAAGAGUAAAAGUUAGUGCAUACAUCUGAGAUUUACUCUUUGUUUUGGGCAUGCUUUAUGUCAUCCUCCAUGGUUUCCAUCUUUAGGGCUGCUGUUAGUUUGAGUUGAGAGCACCCUAGAGUUCACCAGUUCUUGUCUGCAUACCCAGUGUCAUAAGUCUUGGCAUGUUCAUUACUGAUCUCAAAUCACUAUCUGUAUCCCUAGUGUUUUACUUGCAUUCAAUCAUCAGAGGUACUCCCCUUUUGGGAAAUCUAAAAGCUCUAUCCCAAGUCACUAAACAUUUUUUUUAACUUGCAUGAAAGCCUUGAAACCUCAGAGUUCUAUUAGUUUAGGAGUUGGAACCAUCAGCAAAAGGGUGUAGGGGACUUUGCCCUUAUGUUGGAAAAAGUGUUGACAUUCACUUAUUCAUUAGUGCAAGCAGAAUCUUUUGGCUGUUAGUGAAAAACAAAUUGAUAUGAUAAACCAUAGCCAGUGUGUCUCAGGCUUCCGUAAAGGCCUGUUUCUCUUUGCUCAAAAAGUGCUCUGUGAUGAGGAUGCCUUUUUCAUAUGAUUGAAGAUAAUGGAGCACAUCAAUGAGCAGGCUUUCCUUUAUUUCUGUUUCAAGCUGCAUUUUUUCUGCCCGUAUGGAAAUUUACUUACCACAGCAAGCAAUUGAUAUUGUGAUAUCAACAGACACUGGCCCACCACUUUGGUCAUACAUCUUCACACCUUUCUUGGUUAUCUCAGGAAGAGCAUGACAACUCUUCUCCAGGUACAUAGGCUUCAGUACAGCUAUAUAUUUCUAUCAGGUGAAAUAUUGUUAAGAGAUGUGGUACAGAACAUGCAGAAACCGCUAAGCUAAUCCGUUAGUUCAAAGACUUGCUGAAAAGCAACCUUUCUAAACACUUAUUUGAAGUCCAGUCCUUGGAUGAGUCCACUGAUCAGGUUUUAAGAGUGAUUUGAAUCUAACUGGAGGGAUCUUGUAAAGGGAUGAAUUCUUUAGUACUAUAGUUGUAAACUUAAUUCUGAUUCUGUGGAUCUUACUUUGAGAGGAGGUAAUUAUUUUGUAGGUAAAUAUUAUCUACAUCCUUAGGGCAGUUUUGUGACAGUUCAUCUAAAAUCUCAAGCUUCCUAACCCAUGAGGAAUGCACUUUGUUUCGAGCCAAAACCGUUUAACCCUGCACUAGAAUAGGGGGAGUUUGCUGCUCCAAGUUCCCCAACUGAAGCUUGUUGCUCAUACAUUUCAGAUGUUAUCCUAAUGUUCAUACCCUCCUGUCAUCAGAUUACAAACUAGGAACCAUAACAUAGAUGUGGUCUGUAUGGUCUGGGACAAGAAUGCAUUUUUGAAGCCUGCCAGAAGUGCUGGUAUUUAGCCCAGCACUUUGGGUCUCUCUCAAUGCUGACAGGAUGACAUUGGUGGGAAGUGACCAGGGCAGCUAUUGGCAGUAGAGUCCCUUAUACAGGCCCAGACUGGAAGUUGAAGGUAAGGACACUAAAGAGCUGGCUUCUGUCAAGUGUGACUGCUUUUGAUGGUGGUCUGUGAGCACAUACUGAUGAUGAAUUUCCCUUCCUGUGAUCAAGUUCUCUCCUGUCAUCGGCCUAUGAUCUUGAAGAGGGGCAGCCAUUCUUAAAAGUGGCACCCAAUAAUUUGUUGACAAACCUCCUGUGUUUGAAUUCAUGACAUGAUGGUCAUCUUGCAGAGGCUGGGCAUUGAUGUUGCAGGGGCCAGCUUCCACACAUGAGCUUGAGCUGAAAGAGCCCCCCCCCCCAGCUAAGUUUUGCUUGCUAGCACAGUUUGAGUUGGCUUCAACAUACUUUCCCUCACCUGUGUGGCCUUUAUUUGUUCCUGCAGCUCUGGACUUGUGAAAUUUGUUUGAAACCUAGUGAAAGAUAACGGAGUAGGUGACACAGAGCACAGUUUAUAUACUGCCUAAAACCAGCACAGGGUCAUGUGCUGGUCUCAGCCUAUAGUGAUCUGCCCUGGAAAGCCCUUUGUUGCAUCCUCGUCACCAUUGUUUUUCCAAGUGCAGUAGGAGGUGUACAUUUGCCCAUAUGAGUGCUAGUGGUUGGGCAGAGGAAUGUGAGAAGACUGAGGUUUUUGUCUCUUCGUGACUUGUCUUCCUUUACCAGCAUCUGUUCAGAUAACCCUGGGUUUUUUUUGGACGACAUCCAUUCAUGAGGUCAUCUGUGGAAUGUUUAAUGGUUUGCUUUUCUUCUCUUCAGAAGUGUCUGAAUCAUCACCUACUGGAGGAGGGGAAGCCUCGGGGCAUUCUGAAAAGACAUGUUUGUGGAGGCUGUCUUUGCAGUCUGGAAAAACACAAACAGCAGGUCCUCUGGCUAAGAAGGCUGACAUCCUCUGUAGGCUCCUAGCUGAGUAGUACAACGUGCUUUUAAGCACCUUAAGGUUGACUCUUGUGUUAUUUCCUUGCUGCAACAUUAGGCUUAUAAGCUUUCACAAAGCAGAGUAUAAAGCUAUGGAUAGGAUUGGCAGAAGUUUCUUUUCAGCCACAUUGGACCAGACGGAUGUCAGAUAGCCAUGUUGAACUUAGUUCAGUCCUUCCUUUUGGAUCACAUUAUUGGAAAAGGUUUCCAGUUUUUGUGGUUCUAGGACCAGAGAGUCCUUGGAGAAGGCGUCUAAAUUAUUGUUGUCAAUCAGUGUUGUAUAAUUUUCCUGUAUUUAGGUUAAUGGGGAUUAGAACACUGAUCCAUAUGGACUUUUUCAGACUCUGUCUUGGGGCACUACUUGGUUAUGUGAAUUUCAUAUAUUUCACUGUGUUGGCAUAGUAGCUAGGGUGACUGCCGCUGUUAUACAUCUGUGCCAGAUAGAGCAGUUGAUUUUCAUCCUUUUUCAUAAGGAGUUUCAUCUUUGUACCUAGGCUGCAUCCUUCAAGAGGAACCUUUUCCAGGAGUCCUCUUAGAAGAAUUAAGCAACACAGAAAAAGUAUGAAAGACACGGGCUCCCAUUAAGGUUGUGUUGUCUAGACCUGGCCCAUACUUCUAUGUAAGAUUGCCCCAUGAUUUAAGAGGAGGAGGAGGUAGUUUCCUUGUAGACUGAGGAGAUCACCUAAGCAUCAAGUAGGUCUGCAUCCUCUUCUGCUAGUUACAAAGUUUCACUAAAAGGCAGGGAUUGCCUUCAGUAGUACAGUGGUCCUUCCUACCAACUGAAAUUGCAUAUAAUAGCCCAACCUUUGGGAUUUUUCCUUGCUGCAGAGAGACUUCAGCUUAAACAGAUGGGUCUUAGAACAAGAAGCCACAUUCUAAAACUACUUGGAUAAAGCCCAUCAGGGCAAUUCUCAGAUCAGUUGUUGCCACAUUUGCAGUAUCUCCACUUGGAGAGAUCAUUUGUGAAAUAAGAAAGUUAUUUAUGCUUUCAUCCACACAUCUUUUCCACAGAAGUUGCAGGAUGUGGUUUGGCCCACCUUGGACUUCGUCAGUUUAAAAAAAAAAAUCCAGUAUUUCAGUUUGUGGAUGGUAACCUUCCAGUCAGAGAUGUAUCACUGGACAUGAUCUACACCAGUUUUGAUUUUCAAGGUAAGAAAGUCAGACCAGAAGUUAUUGUAUUUACACACUGUCAUCCAAGUUUCUGGUCUGUAGCCUAUCCUUUUAUCUCAAGAGUUUUUUUUCCAUAGUUCUGGUUCUGGUUACAGUUCUUGCAGCGAGAAAGUAUUCCUGGCCUUUCCUUUCCCUGUAAAUCUGGUUAAUUGUGAUUUCAGUGGCCUUGACCUGGCAUUUUGCUAUGGUUUUAAACUAUUUGGGGGGGGGGGGUGACUGUCAAACAGAAUAAGUUCCUGCUGAUAUUGUGAGGGAUUUGUGUCAUUUAGCUAGAACUGGACUCUGUCCUCUGCCCAUUCCCUUUCUCCCAGUAGAAAAGGGCUCAGGAGAUCAGCGCUGUGCCCUUUUGGAUAGGACCACACAGCAAAUGGCUAUUUGCACUCUUCUUCAGGUGGUGUACUUCAUGGCAGCCAUAGCCUUCACUUUGUCUGAUGUAGUUCAAUAUGAGGGUGCUUCAUUGGACAGUGCAACUUGUGACUGCUGAAUUUACAUUCCUUCAUGGGCUUACUGCUGUCUGAGUUUCCACUUCUCACUAUUAUGCUUCAGUACUUCCCAAAACCCUCAAGCGGAAUUUGUCCUUUACUUAGCAAACUUCACUUCAUGUUCUGAUGAGUGCUUUUUUUGCUGAGGAGAUACUUAACCUGAAGUCAGUAGAGAUACUAUUGCACAUCUGCCUUCUAGAGUGGAGUGGUUCUCCUUGCUUUACAGGCCUUGGAAAGCUUUUUAAGACCAUAGCUCCUACAGUGGAGUCUACAUAAUCAGGUGGUAGUUUGCUGUCUUAAUAAAAUGAGGGGUAUGCACUGCUACCUCAUGUCAGAAAGUAGGCAGAGUGCCCUCAAGUUUCCUGAUAGCAUUUUACGUCCUUUGGAAAUCAUAACUCCUCUCAUACUCAUUGUGCAUCUUUGGCAGGGUUGUGUUCAGUUGAAUUUAUGAGCAUGAGAACAACUCAGAGGUCAGUAUUUUUGUUCCAAUACAGGAGAAUGCUCUUCUUCCCAAGAUGUGAUCCAUUCAGCAUGGCAAAGGGAAGUAUGUCUUGGACAUGUUUUUCCUAGAUUGUAAUGGAAUGUUCCUAUAUUUAUUUCCACUAUUUUGGUUGACCUUUGCCUGCUUGCAUAGUUUUGGAGGGAGGCUCAUUCUAGUUGCACCUUGUGUGCCCCGUGGGAAUGUGCUUCCAUGUGCUGUGCCUGCGGUCCUGAUCAUGUGAUGGGCAUUCUGGCUUGCUGAAUGCAGCGAUCCUUUCUUUCUCCAUAUUUAGUCCGAAAUCAUGCAGUAGCUGUUCCUAAUUUGCCAAGCUUCAUAGCAGAGCUGUCAAAAUUACUGAAGGCUGUUAGUAAACCUCCCAGGUAAUACCUCUUCUGCCAAGUAGAAGUGAUUGUCUUUUUGUUAGAGAAGUGUCCGUUUCACUCACAGUAUGUGGAGUUACAGGCCUGUCUGAUCCCUGGUAUACAUCUGAUUUGAUUUCUGCCUCUUGUGUCCUUUCCAGUCCUGUGAUGAAAAACUCUUUUGGGCUUGAACUUUGCUAUUCAGGCUUAAAUGUCACCUUUUGAGCCUGUUCACUUUGGAGACUUGAAGUUUAUCUCCUGAACUUCUUGUUCUCGUCAGCCAUCAAAUCUACCAAGUGGAUUUUGAACUGGGAUCUUGUUUGUAAAUAAUUGUAUUUAAUUUUCUGUAUGGACUUUGAGUUAUUUGUGCCUUCUUCAGUGUGGAUUCAGUAUUUUUACUUUGUACAUUCACUUGCCUGUCUUACCUGGGAAAAUGGACCAGUUCUUUGUAUCCUUUACUGUAGGUAAGGAGAGCUGUCGCAGAUUAUUUCCAGAUGAAUUGCCAUGUACAUUAUCUUGGCAUCAAGCAGCCUUUGGCCAGUGAACUUAUUCAUCAUUUUGCUUAAGUUGCAAAUGCUUCCACUGAUUCUUUCGGGAAGGUGUGCACUGCAGUCAUCUGUCCUACGGCUACAUAGUCUUUGGUGAAUUCUUUUACCAAGUACUAUAGUUUGGAUGUUGACUCCCAGACUUCAACUUUCUGUAGUACCCAUUCCCCUUAACUUUCACAUGGUGUCCCUUUCUGCCUUUAUGGAGGUUACAGAUACUUUGUGAUUUAUUUCCAGCUUAUGUGUGCUGCAGCUGCCCUCUUGUUAAGGAGGUCCUUUGGUUUUAUAUGCGUGCAUAUAAUAUGUAACUAAGCACUUGUUAGUAGGGUAAGUGAGCUGGUCUGCAGACCUUUUUCAACCAUGAUCCAGACCACAAGGGCAAGAGUAUAUGCAGCAUAAAUGUGAGCAGUGUAGUGUAGCCAGUUAACUGCCAUUUUUUUGUGGAGGGGGGACACUGGAGUACUUGACUCCACAUAACCACUGACCAAAAGGCAUGAUUAAAUCCAGGACCCUGGAGCUGUGAGGCUGAGCUCUUUCCACCGAAGCACCUUGCUUCUCCUGCUGCAUGUAACUUUUUGUAUUGAUUGUCUCUUCUCAAGCAGGACAUCAUGUGUGAGAAUUCCAGCUGUAUAGUAUUGUAUAUAUCAAACACUAAAAAUGAAGGGAACCACACACCUGUAGUGCACAGUUUUAAAGUCUAACAAAACACUGAUAAGAUGAAAAGCUUUGCCCUUGUUCCACUCUGAGCCACUUCUAGGAUACCACAGCACGCUUAACUGAGGGAAGCUUGCAAUCUAUA